AUGUUCGAUUACAACGAUCUCAACUUCUUUCGGCAUUUCCUCUUUGAAGCCUAUCCUCCACUGCCCAUAGAUGGAUUCACAGUGUGGCAAAUGGCCUCACAGCGUUCACAUUCAUAUGACUUCUUACUGCACUCUAUGCUUGGGCUUGGAGCAUCUCACCUAAGUUUGAUUACUCCUAACGGGUAUGAGAAAGCGGCCUUGAAGCAUCGAGUUCUAGCAAUCAGUGCCUUGAAUAAGCACCUCGCAAAACCUGGUCUUACCGAUCAAGACGCCGAAGCAGCGUUUGGAGCGAUGCUUAACUUGACUUUUCAAUCUGCAUACAUGAACGACGGGCUCAUAGACUUUCUCACAAUGGUCAGAGGCUAUCACACUAUCUUCAAGACAUUCGGGCGUGUCAGUUACCUCGAAAGAAUCAAGGCCAUAAUACGAGACGGCCACGAAACGAAUCACUAUCUGGAUAAAGUCAUUGCCGAAGGAUUCUGUCAAAGUGUGCAGAAGCUUGGUCCGUUGUGCCACAGCGUUGCUGAGUUAAAAUACUUGGCCCAUAUGCAAAGAAUCGCUACCUUAGCAUCUACAAACCCUGCCGAAAGCUACCAUGAACUCGCUUUCCUGUAUGAUGGGAUAGGAAACCUAAGCAGCAACGAUUUUGCUUCAUUCAUCGACCCCACGAAUUAUGCUUCACAGCUCGUCAUCUUACACAUGCUGGUUCUUGAAUUCGUUAUGAGCAGGAAGGCAGUCGAAGGAGACAAGCGAUCUGCAUCAGGGAAGAAAGGUUAUCACUGCAGAAAAGCUAUGUCUAAGGUCUGGGUGCAGCAAAUUCUCCGAAAGCUUCCUAUUGAGUACUACGAAUAUGGCGAGUGGCCCCUGAGAUUCAUCAACAGUCUCAAUUACUCAUUUGACGACGAAGACCAAGUUUGGAAACCUUUUUUUCUAAGCAAUGGUAGAACAGUUAUACCAGCCGGAGAGACGCUUUCUUUAGCUGCAACAUAG